UUUUUCUUUCUUAUUUUUAUAGCCCCAACCAUGGAAUUUUCGAGAAGUCAAAGCGGCAAUCAAGUUUUAACCUACUUGGGUUAUGAAUAUCUUUAUUUCCGCAACAAUGAUGGGGUGCUCACUUGGAGAUGCCGGCUGAAUCGAGCUACAAAGUGUCAUUCCAAUAUUAAGACAAAAAAUGACACUAUAGUGAGACCACCC